AUGCUGCACCCCAUCGUUCUCCUCCUUGUUGCCUCUUCCGCAGUCUACGCAGCUCGCCCGCGACGUGCGCUCGAUGGACUAGACGGAAGCGGAUUUGGAUUCGAUAAGAGAGCUCUCAACUCGCUGGACGGUGCUGGUUUCGGUUUCGAGAAGCGUGCACUGAACUCACUGGACGGUCAAGGGUUCGGUUUUGAGAAGCGCGCUUUGGAUGGUCUUGAUGGUAUGGGAUUCGGAUUUGACAAACGCGCACUGAACUCAUUGGACGGAGCUGGAUUCGGAUUCGAAAAGCGAGCUCUCGACGGGCUUGAUGGUGCCGGAUUCGGGUUUGACAAGAGAGCGUUGAACUCUUUGGACGGACAGGGAUUCGGAUUUGAAAAAAGAGCCCUCAACUCUUUGGAUGGAGCUGGCUUUGGCUUUGAGAAACGAGCCCUUGAUGGGCUCGAUGGUGCUGGAUUUGGAUUCGACAAAAGAGCUCUCAACUCACUUGACGGAGCCGGAUUCGGUUUCGAAAAGCGGGCCUUAGAUGGGCUCGAUGGCGCCGGAUUCGGGUUCGACAAAAGAGCCCUCAACUCGUUGGACGGACAGGGAUUCGGAUUUGACAAGAGAUCAUCUUUCAAGCACCAAUCCAGUAAACUCCGCUCAGUGUUCCGGAAUUUGAGAGGUUUUAACAAGCAACACUAA